UGGGGGUGCCGGAAGUCUGCGGCGCCUGCGCGGAGGCGCUCGGCCGGCGACCCCGUGCGUGGCAGGAAGCGGAAGGGGGCCGGUGGGGCUCGAGCACUGACGUGUCGCUCGCAGUGAGCAGGAGCCUUCGCCCGGCCUCUGCUCCCUCUUUGGACAGCAACAGCGGCCGCGAUGGGGAUUAAAUUUCUUGAAGUGAUCAAGCCCUUCUGUGUUAUCUUGCCUGAAAUUCAAAAGCCAGAAAGGAAGAUUCAAUUUAAGGAAAAAGUGCUAUGGACAGCUAUUACACUUUUCAUCUUCUUAGUAUGCUGCCAGAUUCCCCUGUUUGGUAUCAUGUCAUCAGACUCGGCAGAUCCUUUCUACUGGAUGAGAGUGAUUCUGGCUUCAAAUAGAGGAACAUUGAUGGAACUGGGUAUUUCACCCAUUGUCACUUCCGGGCUCAUCAUGCAGCUCUUGGCUGGUGCCAAGAUAAUCGAGGUUGGGGACACUCCAAAAGACAGAGCUCUCUUCAAUGGGGCACAAAAAUUGUUCGGCAUGAUUAUUACAAUUGGUCAGUCUAUCGUCUAUGUAAUGACAGGGAUGUAUGGAGAUCCAUCUGAGAUGGGUGCUGGUAUCUGUUUGCUUAUCACAAUUCAGGUAACUUUUAUAUCACACCCUCUACAUCACUCCUCAAAACCAUACUUCCCUUUUAUCCUAAAGGAGUCUAGAGGGUGCACUUUUGUAGCUGGGUUGAUAGUUCUACUAUUGGAUGAACUUCUACAGAAAGGAUAUGGUCUUGGUUCUGGCAUCUCUCUCUUCAUUGCUACCAACAUCUGUGAGACUAUUGUAUGGAAGGCAUUCAGCCCCACCACUGUGAACACAGGCCGAGGAAUGGAGUUUGAAGGAGCCAUUAUUGCUCUGUUCCAUCUGCUGGCUACUCGUACGGACAAAGUCAGAGCUCUCCGAGAGGCCUUCUACCGCCAGAACCUUCCUAACCUCAUGAACCUGAUUGCCACCAUUUUUGUCUUUGCUGUUGUCAUUUACUUCCAGGGCUUCCGAGUGGACCUCCCCAUCAAAUCUGCCCGCUACCGUGGCCAGUACAACACUUAUCCUAUCAAGCUGUUCUAUACUUCCAAUAUUCCGAUCAUUCUUCAGUCUGCCUUGGUAUCUAAUCUGUAUGUGAUCUCCCAGAUGUUGUCUGCUCGCUUCAGUGGCAACUUGUUGGUUAGCCUGCUGGGCACCUGGUCUGAUACUUCAUCUGGAGGCCCUGCUCGCUCUUAUCCAGUUGGUGGACUUUGCUACUAUCUCUCACCCCCUGAGUCCUUUGGUUCGGUGUUAGAAGACCCUGUUCAUGCAGUUGUUUAUAUAGUGUUUAUGUUGGGCUCCUGUGCUUUCUUCUCCAAGACAUGGAUUGAAGUUUCUGGCUCCUCUGCCAAAGAUGUUGCCAAACAACUAAAAGAGCAACAGAUGGUAAUGAGGGGCCAUAGAGAAACCUCCAUGGUCCAUGAACUAAACAGGUACAUUCCCACAGCUGCUGCUUUUGGUGGUCUCUGCAUUGGUGCUCUCUCUGUCCUGGCAGACUUCCUUGGGGCAAUUGGGUCUGGAACUGGAAUCUUGCUAGCUGUUACUAUCAUUUACCAGUACUUUGAAAUUUUUGUAAAGGAACAGAGUGAAGUUGGGAGCAUGGGAGCUCUUCUUUUCUAAACCCAGCUUCUGAUGGACCUAGGAAAGGGGGAGGCGUAUUCUUGAAUUAUCCAGUCAGGUGAAAAGAAAUAAAACAAACUCGGGCACAUCAUGCUAUAGGAACAUGUAUUUUAAUAAUGUUUCCAAAGUGCAUUUCCUUUUGUUCACUUUUUAGCAUAUUGUUUGUGUUUUAUAAAUUGUUGGAAAAUGUGCAAAAACACUUUUAAAGAAAAUUGUUUAUUUUUAAUUACUUAUUAGGAAAACCAACUUCCUGAAUUGGAUUUAGUUUGACAGCUCUUUAAUUUUUCAUCCCCUUGCAGGAAUGAUAGAUGAAUGAAUGAAUCAAGCCUUUGUAGGCUUAGAUAAAUAGACAUGGGGGGAGGGCUAUGUAUUGGAAGGGAUGUUUUUUCUAUAUAUAUUGUGUUUGCAACUCCUCUGCAGUGGAUUAGCUGAGAGAAAUCUCUCCCUCUGAUGCUGGAGUUCAUUAAUUAUGGUUGUAAGCACAAACAAUGUUUAAUAUGUUCAGUUUUGUAUAUUUUUUGGAAUAUGGCAUAUUUGGUGACGCAUUUUCAGUGUAUUUUUACAAAGGUGUCUCUACUUCCAAAUGUCUUGUAAACUAAGCUAGGUCUUGUCAAAUGCUGAAUAUUGGCUUGAGACUGUUGCCUAGCUUCUGUAGAGGUUAGAAGUGCUUUCCCUUCCGUAAGCUGAAAACUCAGGUCAGUCUAGGUUUCUCAAGGGGGAAGCAAUUACUGUGCCUAGGAGUUGUAACCUUAAAACUUGGUAAUAUGGGGAAGCCUUGUAAAUGUUCUAACUACCAUUGACCACAGUCAUUUCUAGCUCUGGCACUGAAACUAGUUGGGGAUUGCAUGUCGCAACUUUUUAGAGGUAAAUCUUAUUUUGUCUUUUGAUAAACCAAGACUUCUCUCAUUAAAAAUAAGUAACAGUCUAGCAGCAAUGAGGAUAUCCUCAUCUGACUGCUUGUUUCUAGUGAAUUGUAUGAGAUUAGUUGCUAGAAAAUGCCACAAGUGUAAUUGACGUAUCUGUCCCAAAGUACCUAAUUCAUGGUCCUGGACAGGAGAUUAGUCUGAUAACUUUGUCACUGCCCAUGUAAAAGGCAUCCCUUUGCCAUCUCUGAAGUAUGUUUAAAAUAUACCCGUGCUGACUUGAAUAGUGUGGAGUGAAAACACUUGCCUGGACACCUGUGGCCUCCUGUUUUGUUUUGAGGGCCACUCCUAUCAAAAUGGAGAAGUCAUCUUAAAAGGCUUAAAGGAAACUGGGGAAAAAAUCCUCAACUUCUAAUUUUAAGUUAGAUUGAUCCUUGGCACCUUAAAUGUUGACAAAUGCAAACAUUUUGUGUACAAAGGAAUCCUGCAAGAAAAGUUUCUUCCUCAAACAGUAUUGGUCAACCUGGGAACCAGAAUGGGAAGGGGUAGUGUUGAAGUGUUUCUCUGUACUGCACCAAUAUGACUGUAUAUUCUACUGUUACUCUGAAAACGUAAAAGACAGUUUGUGCUUUGAGUGUCAGAAUCUUUUCUAUUAUGUUCCUGAGAAAAGUAGAGCCAGAGCCAGAAACUCUUGCUGUAUUUGCCACCAAGCUCUAACAAAUGUGUGAGAAUUCUGCAGGCUCUGUAUGCUAUGUACCUAUCAAUAGAAACUUAAACGCUUAAAAUGGGACAAGGACCUGAAUUGGAAAAAGGGCAAAAGUAAUGGAAUAAAGUAGCCAUGAAUAAAGAAAAUGUCAUAAAAGUCCACUUGUUAACUUCA